AUGGCAGAUAUUACUCAACAAAUGAACAACCUUUCAGUUGAACAAGGUUCGCAAGGAAACGGUUCGUCCCGCUCGCAGUAUGUUCCACCUCAUCUUCGUAACAGACCAUCAGGCGGCAAUGGAUCUUUUGGCGGCAACCGUCGUGGUGGGUUUAAUAACAACUCUUUUGGAGGAUUUGAUAACAACCGCCGUGGAGGAUAUAAUAAUAACUCGUUUGGAGGAUAUAAUAACAACCGUCGUGGAGGAUUCAACAACGCACGCGGGUCAGGCAGAUAUAAUACGCCUAAGCCAGGUGUUGGUAGAUGGGUCGAUGGUAAGCACGAACCAGCAGAGAAAAACGAGAGACUCGAAAAGGAAUUAUAUGGGAUUGACGAAGAGCCAACCACGCAAUCUUCCGGUAUUAAUUUCGACAACUACGAUGACAUUCCAGUUGAGGCAUCAGGUGAAGGAGUUCCAGAACCUAUUACUGCUUUCACAGCACCACCAUUGGACCCAUUGUUGGUGGAAAACGUCAAGUUAUCCAGAUUCACAAAGCCUACUCCAGUGCAAAAGUACUCGGUGCCUAUUGUUGCUGCCGGAAGAGAUUUGAUGGCAUGUGCCCAAACUGGUUCCGGUAAGACUGGUGGUUUCUUGUUCCCAGUGUUAUCUGAAUCGUACAUGAACGGACCAGCUGAGGUUCCAGAAACUGCUGGCGCCUUCUCCUCGCACAAGGUUUACCCUACUGCGUUGGUGAUGGCUCCAACCAGAGAAUUGGUGUCGCAAAUUUUCGACGAAGCCAAGAAGUUCGCCUACAGAUCGUGGGUGCGCCCAAGCGUCGUCUACGGUGGUGCUGAUAUUGGUGGCCAAAUCAGAAACUUGGAAAGAGGAUGUGACUUGUUAGUCGCUACUCCAGGUCGUCUUAAGGACUUGUUGGAAAGAGGCCGUGUAUCCUUGGCUAGCAUUAAAUACUUAGUGUUAGAUGAAGCUGAUAGAAUGUUGGAUAUGGGUUUCGAACCACAAAUCAGACACAUUGUCCAAGAAUGUGACAUGCCAGGUGUUGAAGACAGACAAACCUUGAUGUUUUCAGCCACCUUCCCAAAGGAAAUUCAAUUUUUGGCCCGUGAUUUCUUAAAAGAAUAUAUCUUCUUAUCUGUUGGUCGUGUUGGUUCUACCUCCGAAAACAUUACCCAAAAGAUCUUAUACGUCGAAGACGAAGAAAAGAAGUCUGUGUUAUUGGACUUAUUAUCUGCAAACGACAACGGUUUAACAAUCAUUUUCACAGAAACCAAGAGAAUGGCUGAUAACUUGGCCGACUUCUUAUACGACCAAGGUUUCCCAGCCACUGCUAUCCAUGGUGACAGAUCACAAUACGAAAGAGAAAAGGCUUUGGCUGCGUUCAAGACUGGUACUGCUCCAAUCUUAGUCGCCACUGCAGUUGCCGCCAGAGGGUUAGAUAUUCCAAACGUUUCCCAUAUUGUCAACUAUGAUUUACCAAGUGAUAUUGAUGAUUACGUUCAUAGAAUCGGUCGUACUGGUCGUGCCGGUAACAUUGGUAUUGCUACCGCUUUCUUCAACAGAAAUAACAAGAACAUUGUCAAGGGCUUAGUUGAUUUAUUGACUGAAGCUAACCAAGAAAUUCCUGAUUUCUUAAACAAGAUUGCUAGAGAAUCAGCCUUUGGUGGAAAGUCCAUGCGUGGCGGUAGUUCUCGUGGCGGUAGAGGAGGAGCUACCAGAGAUUUCAGAAAGCAAGGUGGCAGCUACGGUGGUGGUGCCAGCUCUUCUAACUGGGGCGGAAGCAGCAGCAGCGGCGGUGGCUGGGGUUCUUCAAACAACGGCGGUUAUUCUGGAUACAGUGGCCGUAGUAACGGUUCAUCAAGUUACGGUAACCCAUCCGCCAGUAACUCCUGGUGGUAA